GCAAGUUGAUGGGAUUUGCACGUAUUUUCGUGCCCCGUUGUGCUAUUGUAAUCUAUUUUAUCACACUAAUUAUAGUAAAGGGACAAUUGGACAUAUAAUCGGAACUAUCGCGCGCGCCUUCGUUUAUCGCUUUAAUUGGUUUUUGGAGUUAGUUGACUAUUUAGUGACUGGGUGUUUUCAAAAAAGGCCUCAAAAUUGAUCUGGAUCUACAGAGACAGGCCUCUAACGGCCAUUUUAUAAGAUCUGUGAGUCAGAUGUGUGAGGGCGGUUUCAAUGCCGCCGAAGGAUUCUCAAGGAUGGCCUCCUUGGGAGCCACCCCGAUCGGUAUGUCUCAUCAAGGUCUACAAGCCUCUCAAGCGGCCAAAAAGCAAGACGACCACAUUAAAAGACCAAUGAACGCUUUCAUGGUAUGGUCCAGGCUGCAAAGACGCAAAAUCGCUCAGGAGAAUCCCAAGAUGCACAAUUCGGAGAUAUCGAAAAGAUUAGGUGCAGAAUGGAAACUGCUAACGGAAGACGAAAAAAGGCCAUUCAUCGACGAGGCGAAGCGUCUGAGGGCGAUGCACAUGAAAGAGCAUCCAGAUUACAAAUACAGGCCCCGUAGGAAACCGAAAACUCUCAGGAAGGAAGGAUAUCCAUAUUCUAUUCCUUAUCCUUCGGUCCCUAUGGAUGCUUUAAGAGCAGGAAUGGCAGCUUCCAGUAUGGGACAGUCAAUGGCUUCGUAUUAUAAUCCCUCUGCUGCCUAUGGAUCAUUGAGUGCAGCUUCUAUGGCUGCUGCAGCUGCCGCUGCGCAGCAAUCAGCUGCGGCUAUGUCAGCUGGAUUGACGUCUUCUGGACAGGUCGUAAGCUCCAUGGACGCAAUGAAAUACUCGAUGGAAGCGGACAAAUACCGUUCACCUUACAUGCCUCCUUCCACCCUGGCAAUGUCCAUGUACUCCGACCCUAAAUACAUGGACUCGAACUCCAAAAGUUAUCUAGAGCGUGGCUAUUUGGACUCAACUUCCGCUCUAACCAAAGCUUACUUUGAAACUUCUAAAAUGUAUAUGGGAGCUGAAAGCCCUAGGUCCUAUCCUGGCCUAGAUAUAAGUAAAAUGUAUGAUGCUAGUAACCAACAGCAUCAGCAGCAGCAACAGUUAUCUGCUGGUGUGAAUAAUUUGGGAGCAUCUCCAAGAAGUGACUCUCCGGUGGAUACCAAAGGUGGUAUUAUACAAGAACGAUUGGACGCAGCAAGUUCUUCAAGUUCCACUACGACUUCUUCGGCAGGUGCUUCACCAGGAGGCUUGCCCCCUGGGUACUAUCCUAAUAGUACCAUGCAGCAGGGCCAGGUUCCGCCAGGUAUAUUGCCAAUGGCUCAGUAUACGAGUCAGUAUCCUUCCCAAACGGCUGCUGGUGAGUUUAGACGGCCGCUGACAGUGAUCUUUUGACCACAAAAUAUGUGAAUGUGAUUAGUGAUAUUUUUUAGGUGCAUAGUUUUUAAGGUUUUUUUGGAGAAUUUCGUUUACUUUUUUUAAGAAUGUUUUAUAUUGCGUUUUUGAGUAUAACUUUACUGCUGGAGGAGCUUCUUUAGAGUCAAAGUGAUUUGACGUGGAUUUUUUUAUUGAACGUUAUCAAUAUGAUGAAUACCGAUCCUCAUCCGAACAACGCAACGCAAAUGCUGCUCACGUUAAUUAUUGUUUGCGGGUAUUGAGGAAAAAACUGGCCAUCACUUGUUUUAAGCUGUCAUGUUUCAAGAAGCGAUGCUAAAGGUGGAUAUUCAUUAGUACAUUUUGGCCGAACAAGCCAAUCGCGCAUAACCGAAGCGAACUGAAUCUCUUUUGAGCAUUUACCCACAGACCAACAAUAAAGUUUGGCGCGCUCUGUUCAGAAAAAUUAUUAUGCUCGGAGACAGGUGUACUGACUAGGCGAAUUUGGUGGUACGUGCUCGGCUCGUUCGACCAAAAUGCUCUAAAGAUGGGUAUUUAUUAGAGGAUUUUGGUCCAAACGAAACGAGCGCGCACCCACGAAUUCGCCUAGUCAGUAACCGUCUCCGAGCAUAAUUUUUUCCGAACAGAGCGCGCCAAACUUUAUCUGUGGUCUGUCGGUAAAUGUCCGUUGCACAAAGAGAUUUAGUUCGCUUCGUUUUUGCGCGUUUGACUCGUUCAUUUCGUUCGGCAAAACUGCUCUAAUGAAUACCCACCUUUAGAUAAGAACCGUAUACAGAGAGACAAAUAAAAAAUAGUUGUGGCAAACAAACAAAAAUUUUUCUUCCAAUUUUUUUUAUUCUUGAGGGUUCGAAAUAAUAAUAAAUUAGACAAACCAACAGUUAAAUUGGGAAAAUAUAAGGGUUAUUAUUCCGGUCCAUGAUCAUCUCAACUUCAGCAAUCGUGGCAAUAUAUAGUUUGCCCAGAAAUAUCAAAUUCAUUGAUAUUUCUGCACAAAAACCACAUUGCCAGACAUACAAGCAUCGCCAUUCAGAUGUGAAUGUGAAUUUGCCCUAUCCGAGUGUUCCGUGGUCCAGGUCAAUAUAAUAGACUUUGCAAGACGCUUUCAAAAAAAAAUGUUUCACUGACUCUUUCUGAACGCGAAAACAAAUGGGCGUGGAUCUUGUGCGUGUACUAAGAUAGAUAGUAACUGCUAGUGAAGCUCAUGUACCGCACCAAUUUGGUUUGAUUCCAGAGUUCAUUAAAUCAAUGUAGGAUAACACGUGAACGUAGAGAUAUGCCUAACUCCUAGAGUACUAAGAUCCGAAUAUAUAGAUGGUCUUUGAGGUUUCCUUAGAUCUUGGGAAGCCUUGGAUACAAUUGGCUUGACAAACCUAUCAAACAGUAACAAGCAUCCAUUCUACGCUAACGAGUUAAGCCUCAAGGAACGACUAUAAAUUUGGUUCUAAGUGCCACAUUUUCGAAUUAUCUUGGUUUUUUGCACAAUGAUUAUCAACAAGAAACAUGUUAUUUAGUUAGACACGAGGAUUUAAAUCUGUUUCCGCAACUAGAAAAUUUCCCCGUAAUGCCAAUAGGACAACAUGUAAAAAUGUAGAUACCUACCUAUUAUACUUUGUACAGCAAAUUGUAGUUAAUAUUUAGUCUGUAGAUGAACAGUCUACUAAGAACCAGUUUCUUCAUCAGCAUUUAAAGCUGUAGUAAUUUUUAUCUCUCUGUUAAAAUCAAGCUAAUAAUUAUUGUAUGACAAAAAAAUAACGUUUGGUGAAAAAUCCUGUCCUAUUCAAAGUUAAGUUUUGUUUUACUGUGGUUAUAUUUUAUACACCGCAAUGUAUGUACAAGGAAAUGCUAGAAUUAUCGAUUUUGUUUAGCCAACUUCAUUAGCAUUUUCCAUUAAUAUGAAAGAUUGUUUCUGUUUAUUUUGUUCCUAUUUUUCAAACUAUAGUUCUUAGAGCCUCUAUACUCAAAGUAUAUAACUACCUACCUGUAAAUCUUGUUAUUAUUACUCACUAGUAUCGGACAUUAGAAAUUUAUGUCUAAAUAAUGUAUAACUUUACGUUAUUGUAUAGAAAGAAAAAAAAAAUACAUGAUUAAAUAUAAUAUAGAGACCUUCCUUCGUGAAUAAAAUUUUGUGGUUUUAUUUCGUUUUAACCUUUGAAAGUUACAGCAUGUCCAACAAGGAAAUUUUUUGCUAUUUACAAUAUGUGUACAGAGUGAGUCACUAUAUUUUGACACCCACCUGCAACCGUAAUUACAGGUGAUAGGUAAAAGGUGUAAAUACAAAAGUUAUUGCAGCAUUUUAUCUGAACCGCCA